AUGGCCACUGCCCUCUUGUCAAACUAUAUGCGCAAACUAAGUCUUGCAUCGGGGCGCUCGAAUGGGCCGCUGCCACCGUCAAAACCAUGGCUCAACUGGCGAUCCUACUCGACAGCGACAGAGGAAGCUAUCAGGAACAGAUUUGAAAAGGCGCGACCGACCAACGAAGAGCAGCAAAGAACAGACGCUUCCGAAAUUCUGACGCCAUUUCAAAGCCGCGACCCCGUUUCUGUUGAGGUGCCUCCCGAGACAUUCCGCAGAAAUUUUAACCUCCCUUAUGUAUCAAAACGAUUGAAGCAAGACAAGCGGCUGCUACAGCAGGCCAGAAUGCAGGAACGGGAGAAAUAUUACCAAUGGGGCUAUCUGCGACAUCAAUAUCCGGAAUCCGAAUUGGGUGCCGUGCGGAAGCAGUUCAACAAGUGGAAGAAAGCAAUACACCGGCUUGGCUCCGGUCGUCAGUCAGGAGGCACACAACAUAACGAGGAUCAGGGCAAGUGGUUAUACGACUUGUCUGAUAUUGCACUCAUGCGCGAGGUUUGGGAUGCAACAAGUAUUGAAACCAGGCAACAGCAAUGGCCCGGCAUCAUGCUCGCAACGCUACGCCAGUGUCCCAGCAAGGCAAGCAUGGUUCUGGAAGCAACUUUGAACCCGCCACCGCCUGGCUAUGCCAUUCACGAUGUGCUACGCUUCAUAGCGCAGAAUUUACAGCUUCACAGAAUCAAAAAUAUCCACGACAGAAACGCGAUGGCCGGCGAAGUCUUGGCUCUGCUCGCCCACGUGGUUGAGGGUGUUCCAAAAGGUCAUGUCCCGUUCCAGCAAAAUGUUCUGGGUCUCUUUGUGCAGCGGCUCCCAGCUGCCCAAGCCGUGGAUUUCUAUGAAAUCUUGGAGAAGGCAAAUUAUGCACUUCACAAGAAUACCCGGUUGCAGUUUGCUAGCAAAUUGGCUGGCGAGGUCGCCCACAAGAACACUGCUUUCAAAAUACUGAGAGCCAUGUUGGAGGACGGCGUUACCUUUAACGACGCAGUUUCGGCCAGCACAAUUACAACCCUUCUACAUUGCAAAGCCGAGAGCGAUGGCUGGACGCAGCGAGUGGAGAGCUUUUCCGCAAAAGAUGCACUGCAGCUAUUCAUGGAGCACGGAUUCACGCCGAAUACAAUCACUCUGACAGCUGUACUAGACUCACUGUGUCAGCAUGGACAGACGGCGGAGGCAACACGCCUGGCUUUACUAUUUGCAGAGUCUGGUGUACCGCUCGAUGCCAAGACAUGGACGACGGUGUUUGCAGGCGCAAAAGCGAGUCUGAAUAUCGAUAAUGUAAACCGAGCCUUGAUGGUUGCCAGAGUCACGCCAGUGUCGUUUGAGAGUGUGCUGAGCAAUACCUUGCACGCCGUAUUUUACUUCGCGGAUGCGGAGAUUCGAAGCAAGAGAAUCAAGGCGCCUUGGUCGAUACCAUUGUUCCGGCCCAUGCUGAAGAUAUACGCAAGAAGGUUUGAGCUCAAGUCACUACAGUGGUGGCUACCAGACUCGCUACCCUUGCUACUAAGCGAGGAAGGCGUUGACAAGGAACUGGAUGACAAAUUCCGUGACCGUCUGGAGAACCGCGAGUGGGAUUUCAUGCACACAAUCUUACCUGUGGCAGAAAACGUGUUUACGGCGGAGGGUGACGCUGCUGAGGGCAAGCUGCAGCCCAACACAGCAGCCGAUGCGGUGAUGCUUCGAGCAUAUAUACGAUCUCUGUCUCGUCCACAGGAUAUUCUAUCCUUCUACAAGUUCUUCAGGUCGCGGUUGGAGGAGCAGAGUAAAUAUCCUUCCCUGAUGUUGCAAAGCCAGGGCAGCAUGAUCCACGACAUGUUCAUCUUGGUCAUGACAGAGCACCAAGAACUAUGGAGGGAGGCGUUACAUGUGUUUGGGGACAUGCUCAAGCAUACUUUGCGCAACCGAUCGAUAGCCAAGGCUGACGGCGAUCCCCAUGAACCCGCCGAAGCGACGGGCGAGGUCAUUGAACCAGACGCGCUCGCCGCGGCAGCUGGAACGGCAUCGGCAGAGCAGGUUCACCCAACUCCGAGCGCAAUGACUCUGACGAUCCUACUGCGAGGCUUGCUGUACCAGGGUGAGAGCGCCCUCGCCGCGCAGCUGAUGGAGGUGAUGGCAGAACUCGACAUUGAGGCCAACUUGGUGACGUGGAACACGCUGGUGCGGCACGAGGCGUUGGCGCAGAACACGCUGCGGACGGUGAUGCUGCUACAGGAGAUGGAGGCCGUCGGCGUGAAGCCAGACAUCAACACGUACAAUGCCUUUAACAAGCUGCGGGACCAGGACAAGGCGCUGAGGAUGAUGCAGUCAAUUGUGGACGAGAACCGCAGGAUCAUAGCGGGGGGAGAAGGGACCAGCAACCCAGCCGAUGCAUAA